UUUAAGGUCAGUUACAUAAGUUUUGGAUGAUAGUUUUUCCUCCUUUUGUUUGAGCUUAAAUCGGUGCAGACAGGCUUAACUAAUGGAUCUCCAACGUUUCAGGUUGAUGAAACGGCUCUGCCAGCAGCACCGUUCGCUCUCUUCGAUUCUACCGUCGGUUCUCGGUUCGUCGCGGAGGGGUUCGUUCCGACGAAUGUCCAGCCCGGAAGCGAAGGAUCCUUUCUGCCAGGCAAAGCUUGCCAUCGAUGAGCUGAUCCGGCGGUACAACAGCCAGCUGAGCAUGUGCGAGUCGGUUCGCCGGUGGCGGACACUUCCGACGGCACCCCGGCGGGAUCCGGGCGAUGUGCAGUUUACGCUAAUGUGUUAUAAUAUAUUGGCGCAGGACUUGCUGGAGAUGCACGGAGAUUUGUACGAUCGGCACGACUCGGUGGCGCUGUCGUGGCCACAUCGGUACGACCGGUUGAUGGCGGAGAUAAAUCUGGUGAGGCCGGACAUUCUGUGUCUGCAGGAGUUGCAGGACGAUCAUCGGGAGCAGUUUAGCAACGGGUUGGCUAAUUUUAACUAUGGGGUGUUGUACAAGAAGCGGACGGGGGAUAAGCCGGAUGGAUGUGCGAUCUUCUUUAGGCGGGAUCUGUUUGAGCUGGUUGAUUAUCAGGACGUCGAAUAUUAUCAGCCCAGUGUGAAGCUGUUGGAUCGGGAGAACGUGGCUUUGAUCGCGAAGCUUCAGGUGAAGGGGAAUCCGACGCAACGGUUGGUCGUCGCUACGACCCAUCUGCUGUACAAUCCACGCCGGCAGGACGUGCGGUUGGCGCAGGUUCAGGUAUUGCUUGCGGAACUGGAUCGGUUGGCGUUCAGCGGAAGGUUCGCAAACGGAACUCCUAAGUACACGCCCAGCAUCGUUUGUGGGGACUUCAACCUCCAACCGUACUCCGCUCCUUACAUGCUGAUGACGACCGGAUACCUGCAGUACGACACGUUGUCUGCCAAAACGCUGGAACCGCAUGGUCCUGGAUCUCCACUGGGUAGAGUUCUGCUACCACCUUCACUAGGGAUAACUGAUGACUGCCGACACGAAAAUUUGACGGAUCGAGCUAACCAGGACGACAUCCGCGCCACUAGACUCUACAACUCCCAAUGCCGCCAGCCGCGCCCGCCCCAAACCGGCGAACCAACCGAACCCUUCUGCCAGGGCACCCUGCGGCACCACCUCAAGUACGCCUCGGCCUACCGGCACAACAUCGGCGAGGGCAACCAGGAAGCGUCCACCUUCCAGCGCGACUGGAUCACCGUGGACUAUCUGUUCUACAGCAAGCACCAGCACACCGGCGGCAAGGCCUUCACCGAGAGCGACCUGAAGCUGGUGUCGGUGUACGGGCUGCCGACGGUGCGGCAAGCGCGCGAGAUCUACGCCAUUCCGAACAUGUACUUCGGUUCGGACCACUUUGCGCUGGCCGGAAGGUUUCUGCUGAAACCGGCCGGGACGGCGACGGCAGCGGCGGCCAAGCCGACCAGUGAGGAGUCGAAGCUGUAGAAGGGCGGGUGAAGGGGACGAUUUCACAACUUGAUAUGAUGGUAUUUGACGUGGUGUGAAUACAAGAGAAAGGUUUUAUUUGAUAACAA